UCCUUUCUUUCUUUCUUUGUUUCUUUCUCCUCCUCUGCCUCGACGUCGUCCCUCAGUACUUUCCUCUUGGCUUAACUAAUAUCUCCAUGGUUGUUUCUAAGCUAUAUUCUUUUUGAGUCCUUGACUGUUUGGUUCUGUUGAGUAAUUUUUCACUUCAAGAGAGUCAAUAUAACCACCUGGUGGGUUUUGUUCCCGCUUGAUUUUUUUGGUUAUUAGAGGCUAGAGCUGCUCCCCAACUAGAUUUCCUGGAAAGAGAUUCCUCGUGGGAGGGGGUGUUUCCAGUUUCUGGUUAGAAUAACUAGAUUGGUUUUUCUUGUUACCAUUUAACAGCCCGUCUCUGGCUCUGGGGUUUUACUUGGCAUUUAACGGGGCGGAAUCACACUCUGCUGGACUUAGGAAUCAAGAAUUCAGGGUCCUUGGGAUCCAUUUCUCUUUCUGGGUUGGUGAUUUAGUGGUCUUUCUUUCAGGUUUGGUGCUUCAUCUUGCAUUUCUUGAGUUGUGGGUUUGUUUUUGGCUGGAAGUACCCUUCUUCUCUACCUCCUUUUUUUUUUUUUCUCUUGACAAAUCUGGUCACUGUUCUUAUUUCGCCCUUUUAAGUACUUGUUGCUGAGCUGGGUUGAGUCCCCGUUGUGGAUGAGUUUGCUCCAUGUGCUCGGUUUCGGUCUGAAGGUGGGGCAUCUACUAUGGGUGCUAUGCUGCUGGGUUGUGUCCUCAAUUUCCAAGAAUUGGUUGGUUUUUGGUGGUGAAAUGACCAAGGCUGGUUUUGUUGGCGAUGGAGGCAAAAUGUCACUGAAUUGGUUGGAGAAGGUAUUGGAGAAUGUUUACAAGAUCCGCCACGGCCAUAGCAACCAGCAAGCUGGGUCUAAGAGAUUCAGGACGACUUGGUGGAGGAAGCUUUUGUUCACAUGGGUCAUCGGUUGGGUCAUCUUUUCUCUGUGGAUCUUGUGGUACAUGAGCUCGCAGGCCGCGGAGAAGAGGAGAGAGACCCUCGGAAGCAUGUGCGAUGAAAGAGCUAGAAUGUUGCAGGACCAGUUUAAUGUCAGCAUGAACCAUGUCCAAGCCAUGUCCAUUCUGAUCUCCACUUUCCACCAUGACAAGGAGCCUUCUGCUAUCGAUCAGAGGACAUUUGCGAGGUACACGGAAAGGACUGCUUUUGAGAGGCCUCUCACAAGUUUCGUUGCAUAUGCGGUUAGAGUGCUCCAUUCUGACAGGGAAGAGUUUGAGAAGGCACAAGGUUGGAAAAUUAAGAGGAUGGAUACUCUUGAAAAAACCCCAGUUCCCAAGGAUGACUCUGAACUUGAAGGACUGGAACCGUCCCCAGUUCAGGAAGAAUAUGCGCCAGUCAUCUUUGCACAAGAUACCAUUUCACACGUUGUUUCUCUUGAUAUGCUGUCUGGAAAGGAAGACCGUAAAAAUGUUUUACGUGCAAGAGCUUCUGGAAAAGGGGUCCUGACUGCUCCAUUUAGGUUAAUUAAAACAAACAGCCUUGGAGUUAUAUUGACCUUUGCCGUAUACAAUAAGGAUCUCCCGCCAAAUGCCACUCCUGAGGAGAGAAUUGAGGCAACUGACGGGUACCUUGGUGGGGUCUUCCAUAUUGAAUCACUAGUAGAGAAGUUGCUUCAACAGCUCGCGAGCAAGCAGACCAUUGUUGUGAAUGUAUAUGACACCACCAAUUGUUCACAUCCAAUCAGCAUGUAUGGUUCAGAUGUAUCGGAAGAUUCUCUAGAGCAUGUCAGUACUCUCAAUUUUGGGGAUCCGUUCAGGAAGCAUGAGAUGCGCUGCAGAUUCAAACAGAAGGCACCAUUGCCAUGGCUUGCAAUAACUACGUCAUUUGGCAUUCUUGUGAUUGCAUUGCUUGUUGGGCAUAUCUUCCAAGCAACAGUGAAUCGAAUUGCCAAAGUUGAAGAUGACUGCCAUAAGAUGACGGAACUUAAAAAGCGAGCAGAGGCAGCCGAUGAGGCAAAGUCACAGUUUCUUGCUACUGUUUCGCAUGAGAUCAGAACCCCGAUGAAUGGAGUUCUAGGAAUGUUGCAGAUGUUGAUGGAUACAGAUCUAGAUGAAACUCAACAAGAUUAUGUUAGAACUGCACAGGAAAGUGGAAAAGCUUUGGUUUCACUUAUAAAUGAGGUCUUGGACCAAGCGAAGAUUGAAUCCGGUAAGAUUGAGAUUGAGGCUGUGCAGUUUGAUGUAAGGGCCAUAUUGGAUGAUGUCUUGUCCCUCUUCUCGGGCAAAUCUCAAGAAAAUGGAGUGGAGCUAGCAGUUUUCAUUUCUGAACAUGUUCCGGAGAUUUUGAUUGGUGAUCCAGGGAGAUUUCGGCAAAUCAUCACAAAUCUUAUGGGGAACUCAAUUAAAUUUACAGAGAAAGGACAUAUCUUGGUCACUGUCCGUCUUGUUGAUGAGGUGAUGAACUCAACUGAUGCUGAGAAGGAAUCAGCCACAGGGAGUACGUUGAGCGGCUUCCCUGUACCAGACAGAUGGCUCAGCUGGGCAAAAUUUAGGAUAUUCAGCCAUGAAGGGCCUGCGUCUCCAGUGCCAACAUCCUUUUCUAACCCAAUCAAUCUCAUUAUUUCGGUGGAGGAUACGGGGAUAGGUAUUCCUCCAGAGGCUCAAUCCCGUGUUUUCACUCCUUUCAUGCAAGUGCGCCCAUCAAUUUCUCGAACACACGGAGGCACAGGUAUUGGGCUAAGCAUAAGCAAAUGUCUGGUUGGCCUGAUGAAUGGUGAGAUUGGAUUCGUAAGCAUACCCCAAUUGGGAUCCACCUUUACCUUUACUGCAGUUUUCGGUGAUGGCUGUCCUAUCUCCAAAGAGUGCAAGAGCCAGCAAGUGAAAGGACGAGGUGACUCUGGCACCUCAGAGUUUCAUGGUAUGAAAGCACUGGUAGUUGACUCAAGAUCUGUCCGUGCCGAUGUAUCAAAGUAUCAUAUCCAGAGGCUCGGUAUUCAUGUUGAAGUAUUCGCAGACUUGAACCAGUGCCUCCAUGCCAUACAAAGUGGGAAUGCCAGAACAGAUAUCGUGCUUUUGGAAUGGGAAAUUUGGGACAAGAACUCUGGUUUGUCGGCUAUCUUCCUAAAUAAAUUGAGGGACAUGAAACCGCGGGUAUCUCCACGGCUGUUUCUUCUAUCUAAUUCUAUCAGCUCUAGUAGGAUAAGUGCUGCAACUUCAGAUGCUACUGGUCCAUUCGUGAUUAUGAAGCCUCUAAGGGCCAGUAUGCUGGCUGCGUCUUUACAGCGAGUCAUGGGAGUCGGAAACCGAAUAAGUUGCUCUAAUGGGGAGUCUCCAAGUCUCUCUCUCCGCAGCCUUCUCCGUGGCAGAAAAAUCCUAAUUGUGGAUGACAACAAAGUAAACCUCAGAGUCGCUGAGGGAGCUUUGAAGAAGUAUGGAGCUGAUGUGGUUUGUACAGACAGUGGGGAAAAAGCGAUUGCUUUGCUCAAAGCGCUGCAUGAUUUUGAUGCCUGCUUCAUGGAUAUCCAGAUGCCCGGAAUGGAUGGAUUUGAAGCUACAAGAAGAAUUCGACAGAUGGAACAAACUCUGAGUGAGGACUUCUUACUGGGAGAGUCAACCUCAGAGCCACGUGAAAAUAUCUCAAAUUUCCGCCUACCAAUCUUGGCCAUGACUGCAGAUGUGAUUCACGCUACUCAUGAAGAAUGUACAAAGUACGGAAUGGAUGGAUAUGUUUCAAAGCCAUUUGAAGCGGAACAACUUUUUAGGGAAGUUUCGCGCUGCUUCCAGUCAUCAUCAAAUCAUAACUUGUAGAGAGGCCACCAUAGAAGGCUAAUUGUUUUGGUGAGCUUGGUCUUGGCACUUUGGCAGCCUUCCGGUGAACUUUGAAAUUCUUUAACGAGAGUGGGUCUUUUCACGGGAGCGUGUAUAUAAAGAAAGCUAAGGCCACCUGCUGGAGUUGAGUUUUCAUUGAUUUCCCUAGGAGUGGCGAAUUCGAAACCACUUCAAUUACUUUAUGUACAGCUGAUCUAAGCCGUUUGCAAGAUCACGGUUGGCAAUUAGGCAAUCUGAAGUUCGCCAAUCGAACUCCAGAUUCAUGGCUGCUUAGAAAUGGUGCAAGAAUUUCUCUGACAUAGGUGUAUAUCUGUAGACUAGCACAGUGUGUACAUGCAUUUUAGCUUUUAGAGAUCGUAGCCGGAAGGUUUGGUUAGACUGCAUUCCCUUAGAGACAUAGCAUUCCAUGUAUAUUGCUCAGAAUAAAGAAUAUCAGCAUUCACAGUCAUGUCUUUUUUUACCCCAAUCAAAUUUUGUUGGAACCACGUAAAGGGUUGAGUCCAUAACUGAUGUAUAAUAAUAGUACAAUUGUCUCUCU